UAUAAAUAUAACCUGUACAUGGGUAUUUUAAUAAUUUUAAACUAACAAUAUUAAUUAAUAUAAUUGUUGUAUUAUGGCUAAUUUUUUACCAAACACUCUGCAAAGAGUAUUUUAUCAACAAAUUCGUUAUUUACCAAGGUGGAGUCACAGAACACCCAAAAGAGUUCUUCCCCCAGACUACGAAGAACUUAAAGAUGAGGAACAAGAAAUUGAAAAGAUCGAAAGACUUUCAACAAUUCAGCCAAAAAGGAACCAAGAACCACCUGAAUUUAAAGUAAAACCUAACAAAAAUCUAGUCCCUUUGUCUAUUUCAUCACAAAAGAAAAAAGUUGUAGUCACAGAUAUGCUCGAAACUGUAAUAGACAGUGAGGGUAAUUUUAUUUAUUCAAAAAUGAAAAAUAAUGACAUAAGAGUUGGAAAUUUAUUAACAAAGCUAAAAACUAAAAAAGACAAAGUAACCCCAGAAAAAGUGUUACUGGAGGGUAAAAGAUUGAUCAAAGACGCUCUAAUUUCUGGAUGCAAGGUGGAUUACAUUAUAUUUAGCCGGAUGAGUGAAGUUGAAUAUCUCAGGCCAUUUUUACCUAAGCUAGGCACCAAAUUAUAUAAAAUGCCCUAUAAAGAAAUGCAAAUAUGGUCAGACCUCACCACAAAUCCAGGAAUAAUGGCUGUUGUGCACACUCCAAAGGUUGAAGAGUUUACAAGCCCAAAUAGUUUGCCUUUGACAGUGAUCUGUGAUAAUGUCAGGGACCCAACAAACUUAGGAGCAAUUUUAAGGGCUUGCAGUGGAGUAGGAUGCCACAAAGUGAUCUUGACCAAAGGUUGUGUGAACAUCUGGGACAGCAAAGUACUGAGGAGUUCUUCUGGGGCUCACUUCAAGCUGCAAAUGCAUCAGAAGCAGGACUGGACAAAAAUUCAGAACUUGCUAGGCAAAAAUGUUAAUAUGUUUGUUGCUGACAAUAGCCAUAAACAUAUGAAUGAGUUGCAGGAAUCAGUUCCAUUAUUACCUUAUUAUGGCAUUAAGUAUGAUGCUGCAAAACAUACAGUUAUUGUUGUAGGUGGUGAAACUGAAGGUAUUAGUUUAGACUGCUACAAAACUUUAAGCCAAUAUAAUGGAGUUAGAAUAAAUAUUCCACUUAGUAAUAAUGUUGAUAGUUUAAAUAAUGGAAUGGCAGUUGGAAUUAUUGUUUUUGAAGUAAAAAGACAGCUUGCACAAAAUAGUUUAUAAAUUAAAUAAAAAUAUCAUAACAUA